AUGGAGUUGGAUGUGUUGUGGGCGAUUGCUGGGGCUUUAUUAUUGGGUGGCUGGGUUUCUGUGUUUUGGUUUACGAAGAGAGUGAACGAGUGGUAUUAUGUUGGGAAGUUGGGAGAACUGGAAUACCCUCUUCCUCCAGGUGAUUUGGGUUUGCCUUUUGUUGGCAACAUGUUGUCUUUCUUCACCUCUCUAAGAUCUGGUGACCCUAAUUUGUUCCUUCAAACCCUCGUCACCAGGUACGGGAAGAGUAGUAUGUACAAGACCCACCUUUUUGGGUGUCCAAGUAUCAUCGUUUGCACGCCGGAAUUAUGUCGGCAUGUGUUGACAAACGACGAGCAUUUCGGACUUGGUUACCCUAAAUCCGCCUAUCUUCUAACAGGAGAGAAAUCCCUACACAACAUCACGAUUGCAGAACACUUGCGUCUGCGCCGGUUGAUCGCGCCUCCCAUAAACGGCCAUGAAUCGCUGGCAACGUAUAUCCCGCUCAUAGAAGAGGUGGUGAUGAAUUCAUUGGAUGAAUGGGCGAGCAUGAAGCGGCCUUUCGAGCUCUAUACAGAAAUGAAGACGGCUACCUUCAAGGUCAUGACGCAUAUUUUCAUGGGCUCUGUUAACGAUUCUACGUUCUGGACAAAGCAAGAUCUGUUUGCUGAUUAUAUUGACGGAAUGGUUUCCCCGGUUAUUGACUUACCCGGUUUCCCUUUCCACAAAGCACUCAAGGCACGAAAAGAGUUGGUAAAGCUCCUUCAAUCUGUGUUGAAUGAAAAGAAGGUGAUGCCUAAAAGUAAUGAUCAACCCAAGGCAAAGAAAGAUAUGAUAGAUUUGCUUAUGGAAGUUGAAGAUGAGGAUGGUCAAAAAUUGGAGGAUGAGCAUGUCGUAGAUUUGCUUCUCGCUUUCUUGGCAGCUGGUUUUAAUAGCUCUGCACUUACUACAUUAUGGGCAUUGUUGCACCUAUAUGAGCGUCCUGAAAUCCUUAAAAAAGCAAAGGAAGAACAAGACGAGAUUAUAAAGAGAAGACCAUCAACCCAGAAAGGAUUGAACCUAAAGGAAAUUAAAGAAAUGGACUUUCUUGCUAAGGUAAUCGAUGAGAUGUUGCGAAUGACACAUGGCUUGUCCAUUUUUCGAGAGGCGAAAGUCGAUGUUGCAAUGCAUGGCUACACCAUACCAAAAGGAUGGAAAGUUUUAGUCUGGACGGGAGCUGUUCAUAUGGACCCCGAAACUUAUGAAAACCCAACAGAUUUUAAUCCAUUGAGAUGGGAUAAAUGA